CUUCCGGGCACUCAGCACGCGCGGCUGCGCCCUGGCCGCCGAGACGAUGGAGCGUCAGGUGCUGCUGAGCGAGCCCGAGGAGGCGGCGGCGCUGUAUCGGGUCCUUAGUCGCCAGCCCGCGCUGAGCGCCGCCUGCCUGGGCCCGGAUGUCACCACGCAGUACGGGGGCCGCUAUCGGACAGUGCACACUGAAUGGACCCAAAGGGACUUGGAACGCAUGGAAAACAUCCGCUUCUGCCGCCAGUACCUAGUGUUCCACGACGGGGAUACAGUGGUGUUUGCAGGGCCUGCAGGCAGCAGUGUGGAGACCCGCGGGGAGCUGCUGAGCCGGGAGUCACCUUCAGGCACCAUGAAAGCUGUUCUGCGCAAGGCUGGAGGCCCAGGCCCCGGGGAAGAGAAACAGUUCCUAGAGAUCUGGGAGAAGAACCGGAAACUCAAGAGCUUUAACCUGUCAGCCCUGGAUAAACAUGGACCUGUUUAUGAGGAUGACUGCUUUGGCUGCCUGUGUUGGUCACAUUCGGAGACCCACCUGUUGUAUGUGGCUGAGAAGAAGCGACCCAAGACCGAGUCCUUCUUUCAGACCAAAGCUUUGGACAUCAGUGCCGGUGACGAUGAAACGGCCAGGCCGAAGAAGCCUGAGCAGGCCGUCAAGGGGGACCAGUUUGUUUUCUAUGAAGACUGGGGAGAAAACAUGGUGUCCAAGAGCACCCCCGUGCUCUGCGUCCUGGAUGUGGACAGCGGCAACAUCUCUGUGCUUGAAGGAGUCCCUGAGAAUGUGUCCCCCGGACAGGCAUUCUGGGCUCCUGGAGACACAGGUGUGGUGUUUGUGGGCUGGUGGCAUGAGCCCUUCCGGCUUGGCAUCCGCUUCUGCACCAACCGCAGGUCAGCCCUGUACUACGUGGACCUCAGUGGGGGAAAGUGUGAGCUCCUCUCAGACGACUCCCUGGCAGUCUGUUCUCCACGACUGAGUCCAGACCAGUGUCGCAUUGUAUACCUGCGGUACCUGUCCCUGGUCCCCCAUCAUCAGUGCAGCCAGCUGUGCCUGUAUGACUGGUACACCAAGGUCACUUCAGUGGUGGUGGAUGUUGUACCUCGGCACCUCGGAGAGAACUUCUCAGGAAUCUACUGCAGCCUUCUGCCUUUGGGAUGCUGGUCAGCCGACAGCCAGAGGGUGGUCUUUGACUCGGCUCAGCGCAGCCGGCAGGAUCUGUUUGCUGUGGACACGCAGACGGGCAGUGUGACCUCCCUGACAGCUGGGGGUUCAGGUGGGAGCUGGAAGUUGCUUGCAAUCGACCAGGACCUUAUGGUGGUACAAUUCUCCACCCCCAGCCUGCCCCCAAGUCUGAAAGUUGGGUUCCUGCCUCCUGCUGGGAAGGAGCAGUCAGUGUCAUGGGUGUCCCUGGAGGAGGCUGAGCCCAUUCCCGACAUUCACUGGGGCAUCCGGGUACUACAGCCACCCCCGGAGCAAGAGAAUGUGCAGUACGCUGGCCUUGACUUUGAAGCCAUCCUGAUGCAGCCCAGCAACCCUCCAGAUAAGACCCAGGUGCCCAUGGUGGUCAUGCCCCACGGGGGGCCACACUCAUCCUUUGUCACUGCCUGGAUGCUGUUCCCAGCGAUGCUCUGCAAGAUGGGCUUUGCAGUGCUACUCGUGAACUAUCGUGGCUCAACAGGCUUUGGCCAGGACAGUAUCCUCUCUCUCCCAGGCCAUGUGGGUCAGCAGGAUGUGAAAGACGUUCAGUUUGCAGUGGAGCAGGUUCUCCAGGAGGAGCGCUUUGACCCAGGCCGCGUGGCCCUCAUGGGUGGUUCCCAUGGCGGCUUCCUCUCCUGCCACCUGAUUGGCCAAUACCCAGAGACCUACGGUGCUUGUGUGGCCAGGAACCCCGUGAUCAACAUCGCCUCCAUGAUGGGCUCCACUGACAUCCCUGACUGGUGUGUGGUGGAGGCCGGUUUCCCAUACAGCAGCGACUGCCUGCCAGACCUCAGCGUGUGGGCUGACAUGCUGGACAAGUCGCCCAUCAAGUACAUACCUCAGGUGAAGACGCCACUGUUGCUGAUGCUGGGGCAGGAGGACCGGCGUGUACCCUUCAAGCAGGGCAUGGAAUACUACCGUGCCCUCAAGGCCCGGAAUGUGCCUGUGCGGCUUCUGCUAUACCCCAAAAGCAGCCAUGCCCUCUCGGAGGUGGAGGUGGAGUCAGACAGCUUCAUGAACACUGUGCUCUGGCUGCGCACGCACCUGGGCAGCUGAGGCCCUGCCGGGCAGCGUCAACCAAUCAGCCCAUACCACUUGUUCCUGGGGAGCCCCAGGCUCUGGACUCCAUGGACAGAUGGGCCAGGAAUGUGGGUUGUACGGUCACAAUAAAUGAGGAUUCAGA